AUGCUAAUAGUUUUUAAUUUUACUAUUGAGCCGUCCUCACUUGUAAAGCAUAUAAAAGAUUUUUAUUUGAUUGCAGACAAAAUUGACCAAUCAAAUAAAACUGGCGCACAAGGAGGUACCGAAUCAAAAUUAGGUGACACUGGUAAACUAGUGAUAGAAAUGAUUGGAAAGGAAUCUCCUGUUGUUCAAGGAAUUGGCGUACCCGAUUCAAUCGAAACUGUUUUCGAAGUUAAAGAGAUUACCGAGGACUUUGUUAGUCUAUGCCCAAUGAAAACGAUGAUAAUGGCACCACAAAAAUCAAGUGCUCGCUUCAACAAAGUUCAUGUAGAGAAAAGAGUUAUCGUUCAGCAACCAGAUGAUGAUAAGAACAUUCAAUCUCUUAAAAUAAAGAAACUUCAGCUUGAGGUUCGGAAGUUGGAACUGGAAGUUUGGGAAAAAGAAUGCUCACUUAAUGUUAAACAUUUUGUUCAUACUAUGAAUAUUGAAUUCUCCAACUAUAUCAGUGGUUAUGAUUGUAAAUUAUACUGA